UGAUAGCGGCGAGAGAAUUUUAAAUCGUGUUGGUGUCACUUGAGGAGCUCACCAUCAGAGCCAGCCAAGAAUGCACGACUGCACCCUUGAAAAAGCACUCCCGUGAACAAGCACCUUGUGUGUAAAAAAUGCAUCACCACCUCCCAGUUGAGAAUCUGGCAUUCGAGACCUCAUGGCUGGCCAUUGGGAAAGUCCCAUGGAGCCAAGCAUUGUUUAACCAUCACCACUACAUACCCAACGCAAAGAGGCUGUCUCCGGCUGAGUAACAACAAAUCUUCACCUGGUCAGAACAGAUUUCAAUUCCCUCCUCGCACAAUCUCGCUCCGUUUUCAAGUAGUCUACAAGAAUAAGCUCCAUUUCUUCCCCAGUCCUUCCAAGGUUAUAUAGCUUGAGCUAUCACAAUGGCUACUUUGUUGCAAGAAAUGUUGCAAGAAGACUCCAACCUUCCAGUUUAUCAAGUGAUAUCAAAGACGUUCAUCAGUGCUACUGAUUGCAAAAUCAUGUCGAAGUCACAGUCUUACCAGAACUAUUGCAGUUCCAUUUCGGCUCAUACCCCCCAGAAGCUCCGGCAAAAAAGGCAGUCAGGGGCACCGGGACCAGUAGAAAGAGUGAUAAUUCAAAACCAGGGUCGAAGUGCACCUAGUGCCACAGCCAAGAAGCUUGUGGCUAUGAAGCUCAAGCAAUCUCGCGAGGAAGCCGCCACCAAACUGGAAGUGGACUUAUUGGUCCAAAAGAACGUCAUUAGUGCCAACACUGCAAGUGUUUGGAUAAGUCCAGCCUUUCCUACUGCCCUCAAAGCCCAGAGCCAAGCAAGUAGGAGGCAUCUUGUCAUAGCAGUGUCAAAGUGGCAAGAUACUCCAACUGCUACUGGAAGUGUUAGCAAAGCAAAGCCAGAAGAAAUCUCGAAGCAAGUGGAUGUCUCUUGGAAGCCAACUACAAUGGACCUGAGUGUUGCAUAUGCAAGCACUCACACAACGUCAGGAGAUAUGCCUGACACGCAGGAAGAAUGGAUGAGAGGCAAUGUCAGCUCCAAGAACACUCAAUUUUGUGGUUCAACGAUGGGGCUUGAUUCCAGCCCCACCUUGAAGUACAGCUUCGGAAAGCAAAGAGCGCCAGUGCCCACCCCAGGACUACGCUUUCAGUAAAACACGAGGUCCACGGGGGUUGACCAAUACGGGGUCUGCGGAAAGACAUCAGAUUACAUCUCUCCCCAUACCGGUACUGAAGGAACCAGUAAGAAGAGCCUAUUGAGCACAUUCUGACAACUGUAAUCGAUGCAAAACGAGGUCAAUCUAUACAGAAAGGUUUUCCUGCAUGGGUAGCACCUGCUUUGAACAACGUGUUGCAUUGAAGGUUACCUCGGCAUAUGGAUGGACUGCAAAUCACAUGACCAAAUGCCUGACGAAAGAUCCUCUCAUAGGGGCUUCAAGCGUCACCACAGAAGAAACCGACACUCUUUCAAGCCGGACCACUUCAUGUCAACGACCAUUGUUGCCGAGAGGGAUUAGAGCCAAAUUUGACGAGUAAUUCCACUUUUUAACAGUAUAUCAAUUAUCUAAUCAUAGUUAUAGGAUGAACUCGGGGUCGUACCGCUACCAUUGUCGAAGCAAGUAAGGAACCCACCACAGAACCGGUAGUACCAGUAGUUGUUGU